GGUGCGGAAUCACUGUGCGAGACUCAGCAAGUGAACAGAGAAAACGUCUCCGAAAUAUGUUCUUCGUUCGCUUCGCAGUAUGCAUCUUUCUACAUACCAGCAUCUCAAAAACAGAAGAAAUUGAUUAUGGAACGUCGAUGAUGGUGAUUAAUCAAAUGGACAAUACAUUUGACUUGUUAAAUCAAGCAAUCGCCGAAUUGGAAUGGCAAAUCCUCGCAAAUCGCUCGAUUGUACCAUCAAAAAUAUAUAUCCACUUCGUUCGUCUAAAGAUAAAGUCAAAGAAGAAAUGGUGCGCAAAAGUAAUGGACCUUCAAAAUAAUAGUGUAUCUGUGAACAAAAAAAUAGUGCAUUUUUUGUGUAAAGGACUAAAAUAUACUGAUGAAAUAGCAAGAAAGAUCGCUAUUAUCAAUGAACUAUUGUCAUCUAUGUAUAACUCUGCACGAAUUUGCAAAGUUAAAAAUUACAUACAAAGAUGUUACAACAAUGAAUUAAACGUGGGAAAGUUAAUGGCAACUUCAAGAAACGAGAGAGAAUUACGUUGGGCUUGGACUGCUUGGAGAAAUCGCAUGGGUCGCACAAAGGAACUUUUUAAACAAUUAGUGGAUCUUCAAAAUACUUUUGCGCGAAACAAUGGCUACACUGAUAUCGGAGAAUACUGGAGAGAAGAGUACGAAAUUCCAAACUUGGAAAAAGUUUUUGAAGAAAUGUAUCAACAAGUUGAACCACUCUAUCGUCUUCUUCACGCUGUCGUAAGAUUCCGUCUUACAAAAUUGUAUCCCAACGUCGUUGACAUGUUUCUACCAAUUCCCGCUCAUUUAUUAGGCAACUUGUGGUCGCAAAAUUGGGAAGCAUUGAUCGACGUGGUGUUUCCAAAUUACACCGCGAUCAUGCCGAAUCUGACAGACUCAAUGAUACAAGAAAAUUACAAUGUGAUAAAAAUGAUAAAAACUGUAGAAAAUUUUUAUAUAUCUCUCGGAUUUCCACCGUUAUCGUCUAAAUUUUGGAAGAAUUCCAUUUUUAAACAAGAAACUAAUAAUGGCUCCAGUUGUCAUGCAACUGCAAUCAACAUGUACAAGAAAGAUGAUUUUAGAAUUUUUGGAUGUUUAGAAACACAACCGCAAGAUUUUAAUGUUAUUUAUCACGAGAUUGGUCAUAUACAAUAUUAUAUGGCGUAUCAGAAUCAGUUGUCGUUUUUUAAGAAUGGAAUCAAUAGUGCUUUUCACGAGUCGAUAGGAGAUGCUGUUUCAUACGGUGCAGUUUCUCCUCGACAUUUGCGUCGUCUCGGAUUGAUACGUAACGUGUUUGCAUCCAAUGAUUCGUCUAGAGUAGAUUUGCCUUCGCACGAUUCACUAGAAAUAGCUCUUCUUGUGAGGCAGGCUUUACUCAAGAUACCGCAACUAUCCAAUGGACUGAUAAUAGAGAAAUGGAGAUGGUCUGUCUUUUCUGGUAAAAUAAAACCAUCAGAAUAUAAUGUAUUCUGGUGGAACUUGCAUCGUCGAUACAUGGGUGUUGUGCCGCCAUCACUGAGAUCCGAAAAGUUCUUCGAUCCUGCAGCGAAAUUUCAUGUCGCUCAUAAUAUACCUUAUGCCGGGUAUUUCCUGGGAAACUUUCUUCAAGUUCAGUUGUUUCAAGGAAUGUGCAAAACAUCCCGGAAUCUGCCACUUAGUUCCACGGUGUUUAACUUACCUCUUCACAAAUGUGACAUUUACAAUUCAAAGGACGCGGGAAAGUUAUUAAGGUCGAUCAUGAAACUUGGAAGUAAAGCAAACUGGAAACACGCGUUGCACGCGACAACGGGAUAUUCUGAGUAUCGCGUGGAACCACUCUUGACUUAUUACGAACCGGUUCGCGAAUGGCUGCAACGUGAGAUCGAACGUCACGGAAUUCCAGUUGGCUGGGAUUGAAAUGACUCUGUUAUCUCGAGUUUCUCCAUAGAAAACUCGCGUCUAUGUCGCAAUUUUCUUUUAUCGUGUACGUUCAAGAAGAAUUGUACUGAUUACUUCGUUGUAUUUCCGGACUAGGCGACAGCUUACUUGUCUUGCAAUUACACUUGCAUGUCGUCACAAUA